AUGCAAAAGGCGCAGCGUAAUGAGAACGAGCUCCGCUGCCACUGCCACGGUGCCAUCUUCGAUCUUGAGAGUGGUGCAGUUCGUUGUGCGCCUGCACUGAAGCCUCUUCAAAAGUACAAAAUACGAAUGGACAACGACUCCAUUGAAGUCGACCUCGACAAGCUACUUCCACAGUCUACCCAAAGAGAUGACUCCAUCUCAGAAAAUGUGGUAAUUAUCGGUGGAGGAGCGGCUGGUGCCGCAGCAGCAGAGUCAUUAGCCUCAGCCGGAGCUUACGUCAAAGUUUUGAGCAAAGAAUCAGUCGCUGGCCCUUAUGACAGAACCCUCAUUUCGAAGAGAUUUGCUGAGGUUCCUUUAACAAAAGAAGUCAACGAAAACAUCAGCUAUUUGUCGAGUACCGAGGUCUUAUCGAUUGAUCCUAAGGCGAAGCUAUUGAGAGUGAAGCGAAUCCUUCCCGAUCCGAACAAAAUUGGCUGUGGACCUAAGAAAAAAUGGACGUUCGAAGAAAUGCGAUACUCGAAGCUGAUCGUUGCCACUGGCAUGCGGCCCCGUUAUUUGCCCGGGCAAUCAUCGGGAAUCACAGUGUAUAACUCAUCUGACGUAGAGCGGCUUCAAGAGCUCGUCUCCGGCAAGCGAGUAACCGUUGUUGGUGGCUCUUAUCUCGGCGUUGAAACCGCCGCCAAUCUUGUCAUGCUAAAGAAGAAAAACAAACUAGAAUCGAUGACACUCGUCAUUGGAGAGGAUCAUCCUCUUUCUACUCCUUAUGGAGAAAUGAUUGGAAAGGUCGUACGAAAGAAGCUAGAAGAUUUUGGAAUCGAAAUUCUAUCAGAAUCAGUAGUGGAAAAAGUCGAAGACGAAAAACUUAUCUUUGAACAUGGAUCUGAGCAUUCGUUUGGUGCUUUGAUUCAGUGCAUCGGAGGCAUUCCCGUAACAAGUUUUCUGCCGGAAGAAGUCAACUUCACUGGAGAACUAGUUUCUGUAAACGACAAAUUCCAAACUAGCUGCGAAGAUAUUUAUGCUGUCGGUGACUGCGUGAAAAUUGAUGGCGUCAGUUAUAAUCCGCAUUGGGCUGCUGCUCAAGAAAUGGGAAAAGCGGCUGCUACUCAUAUUUUGACUGGGGAUGCAACGAAGUUGAGACAGACGAUGGUAUGGAGUUCCUUUGGAAAAGUUCACCUACGAUCAGUUGGAGCUCGUGCGGAUGAUUGUUCUUCCCAAAAACAUUACAUUGACGAGACAUCCGACCGAUAUAUAACUGCUUUCCUGAAUGAAAAUGAACAUGUGAUCGGCUGUGUGACAAUUAAUGGUGACCCUGUGUGUGCCCAAGUGGCAAAUCUGCUAGAAAUUCAUGAUCACGUGAGACUGGAAGCUUUCGAGUGCUUAUUCUAA